UUAGGGCAUUGCUUUUAAAAGGAUUCUAUUUAUUUCAUUUCUACCAUCAAUAAAUAAUCAACUGAUUUCAAUCAAACAAAAUAACUCAUAACAGAGCGAAAAAGAAAAUGAUCUACUUUUACUGUAUUUCUGUUGUUUUGUUGUUUUUCGCCGGUUUUACCUUAAUUACCUAAAACAAUAUAAUUGUCAAUGGCUAACUUGCCUGGAGCCCCUCACGGUCAAUUUAACAAGUCCUGUCGAAACGAUGGAUGGAUUGGACGAGUUCAGAAGGUCGGUGACUACAACGAGUCAAAAGCAACACUACUCACAACGAAACCCAAUCGACGGUUUGGAUGAAUCACGAUUUGGCCAGGAGCCGUAGAUCCGGUUGGUAAACAAGCGCGGUGUGUCAACACGGUAGGGGUACACAGAUGUUACAUACGCAGCGAUCAGUCGACAGUUAUAACCGGCGUGGCGGGUAGAAAGGAUCGAAGUUACGAAGUGCGACCACACAACUCGAGACUGCGUGGAAGAAAUAAUGGAUACGAGUUUAGCGACGAAUUCUCUCAAUGUUCGACUUGUCGGAGAUGUACGUGUACGACAGUAUAUCUAAUAUUAGCGUAUUUGAAAUGUACGACAACAUGCCUAAUUUUGGUUGUGUUUUUAAUGUACAGCAACAUAUCUAAGUGUGACCGUGAUUAAGGUGUACAGAAGUACAUAAAUUAGGGAUGUUUGUGUUGUGCGACAGUAUAUGUAAAUGCUGCAAGGCUGACAUAAAUGUAGCUAUAUAUACUAUUAGCUGUCACAGACCUAAGACUGGUACAUGUGUUUUUUAACACUAGGCACUACCACGAGAGUGGUUACAGUGUACGACAAUAUACCAAGUAUGGCCGGAGUGUUUGAAGAUGAGCUAUUAGCGACACUUUUACGAUGUACGACAAUAUACCUAAGUGUGGGCCUCGUUCAAUGAUGCGACAGUAGCUGCCGUUGGUUUUUUUUAUGUACGGCAAUAUACCUAAGCUUGCUAUCCUUGUUUUGAAAUAGGCCAUUGAGGACUUAAUAGUAACUAAACGUUCGGUGUAACACACAAGCCAGUUUUACAAGUGUGGUUUUCCUGGUCACUUAACGAGGACGACAAAGUAGGUUUGACACACGCUGACUUAUAAAGAGCGAAUUCUGUAUCAUCAGAAAACUAGGACAAUUAAUUCUGUAAGUUAAAACCAGGAAAACUAGGACAAUUAAUUCUGUAAGUUAAACCUAGGAAGUUUUCAGAGAUAACUGUGUUCUGAUGAUUAAUUCUAAACGUUAUUAGACAGUUCACAUUAUAAACCAUCAACACAUAAAACGUUUCCGUCGACUUCGUUGGUAAAUUAUUAGGAGGUUCACAAACAAUGUCUUUCUGAUGGAUUAUUAGGUGAGUUACUAGAAAGAAAAAGACACUUUUCACAAAAGUUUAGUCCGACUCUCGGCUUUGGUUCAGUGAUGGAGGCUAUUGUUUCAAACUUUGUCGUGGUGUUUGUUCUCGUGUGUUCAGGCAGUUUGAACGGAACUCCCGUACACAGAGAAAAACGCCAGGCCCCCGUGUGUGCGUUCAACUAUUGCACGUUCAUGUCCCCCUGUGUGAAUGGGGGCACGUGCGUCUUCAACACGACCACUUGCACAUUGAGCUGCGUGUGCUCUGCUGGAACUACGGGGUUAUAUUGUCAAUAUGUCAUCAGCCAGGAUUCUGCUGUGGCUACGACAACGUCAGUUUCUCAUCCAUUAACAAGCAAUGACAAUAACACAGCAGUAUUUCAAGAAUUAACUUCAUCAUCAUCAUCUGUGUCAUCAUCAUCAGCAGCAGCACCAUCUAUAUCAGCAGCAGCACCAUCUAUAUCAGCAUCAUCACCAACAGCAUCACCAUCUGUAUCAGCCACUAUGUCUACAACUGGGAUUCUCGUUAAUUCAACAUCACCAGGGACAACGUCAGAAGGAUGUAGUGGUUUGAAUAUCUGUGAAUACAGUACAGUGUGUAUAAACGGCGGUACGUGUGUGUUCACGUCGCUGUGCAAGACUCGCUGCGACUGCCCCUACAACUACACUGGCCAACAAUGCGAAACGCCUAUCACCGCCAACGUCACCGUCCUGGAAACAACCCGUCGUGUGUUUAACGUCACCACGAUGCCGGUCAUCAUGGAACUCACACCCACUCUCCGCCCAAAGGAGAACCGCAGCUGUGACGGGUUUGUGUGUUUUCACGGUGUGUGUGACCUGGACCUCUUGCCGCGCGGUCAGUACAAGUGUCUGUGUGACGACGGCUUCUACGGCAGCUUCUGUCAGACACGAUGUCAACGCAACUGUUCCUCGAACGGCAUCUGCAAGCUGAACGAGACGUCCAACAAGGAGUACUGUAACUGUGUGUGGCCCUACACCGGAGUGUUCUGCCAGAAGAUUCUACCCAAAGAUCUCGCGGAAGCCGGCUGGGUGUGGUGGGUUGUGGGUAGCUGCACGUUCCUGCUCGUCGUCCUCGUCCUCCUGCUCGUGCUGCUGCCCUACUGGAUGUGGAGGAAGAGAGACGUGUUCAUCAUGAAGAUCGUCUACUACUUCCAGCCCUACGAAGACGACGACAAUAAAGAAUUCGACGCGUUCGUGUCGUACAAGUCGACUGCCGCGGACGAGGAAUUCGUGUUGAAGACUCUGUACCCUGUCCUGGAGAAGGAGCUGCACUUCAAGCUGUGUCUCCACCAGCGAGACUUCGUCCCGGGCGAGACUAUAGCCAACAACAUCAUCUGGGCGAUAGAGAGCAGCAGGCGAACCAUCCUCGUCCUGACGCCAAACUACCUGGAGAGCGAGUUCACGCGCUUCGAGUGGCAACGCGCGCACACCGAGAUGCUCAAGCUGAAGCACAAGGUCGUGCCCAUCAUCCUCAACUCUAUCACGGACGUGCGCAGCAACAUGGACGGCACCAUGAAGACCAUCCUCGACUCCAUCACCUACAUAGAAUGGCCGGGGGUGGAUAAUGACAAGGCUCUGAAAAAGUUCUGGAAGCAGCUCGAACUGUCCAUGCCGAAGAAGAAGUACAGCGAGGAGCCUUCUAGUAAGUCGAUUGACAGCGACAUCCUGUCAUCAAAGAAUAAACACACUGAAACAUCGUCUUCCAAAGAAGCCGUUGAUUUGGAUAUUUCCAGUAACUUCCUUGCCGAUAAGUGUUAUAUCAAUACUGCUUUUGAACUUUCAUUAAUGGAAGAAACAAAAGUGGAUGUGCCGUGUGUGAAUGGAACAUUACAAUUGCUGGAUAGCUCUGGUCAUCACAAUGGCGCGGUUAUUGGGUUAGGUAAUACGAUGGGUAAUGGGAUAUCGGAGAAGUCCAGUCCGGAGAAGCCAGUGGAUCGAAACGAGCAGAUCAAGUUAUUCUUUGCUCAGCCAGGGGAACAGGAUGUGUACGCGGAUAUGAAAAAUAACUCCUUGAAACUGGAAAAACCCCUUGAAGGCAAAAUCACAACUAAGGUGUGAACUUUUGAAAUAUAUUUAAAUAAAAAAAUAAAAAUAAAGGUUGACCAUUUGAAAGACAACUAAAGUAUCACCAUUUGGAUGGAAAACAACUAAAACCGCCUCGCCAUUUGGAUGGAAAAACAACAAAAGUGUGACCAUUUGGAAUGACAAAACAACUCACGUCUCAGCAUUUGGAAGAACAAACCAACUAAUAUAUCCUCGGGAUUGGCUGUCCCAUAGACGAGGAACUAGAAAGAGAUUAAUGCAUUUGUUACAUACAUACUAAAUUGUAUUUUUAGUGGUUAAAAAUAAUCCAUAUUUAUACUUGCAUUCAUUGUUACGCACAAUGUAAACACGCAAUAUUCACGCUUCAUGCAUGGAUAACAGAAAGAAAAAAGUGUUUGACAAUUUAAAAAACUCUUGAAUUACUUUUAAUGUGAUAAUUUGUAUAUUGAAGUUUGGUUCAUAUCUUACUCCUGAGCUAAUACUUACCGCGUGAGUAGUUUGUUGAAGAUAUGCUAUAAUUCACGGCAUUAUCAUUGAUUAGUGAUACAGUGUUUAUUCUGUAUUUAGUGUAGUUCAUGCUUCAUUCUAAUACUCCUUGGACAAGAAUAACAAAGUUAAACUAUUUAAAAAAAUUUUUUUUUACACAUUUCUGUUGACAGACCCAUUGUUGUAUAUUUGAACUUUUACACUAUAAAUUUUACAUAUUUAGUUACAGAUACUCAGUAUGAAAACUUGAUACUAUUUAUGUAUAUAUGUAACCGUAUGGUGUGUUUUAGUCUGUUAUGUUCUAAACUUAUAUAGCUUUCCAAAUAAAAAGCUGUUUUUCAUAUGCGUAAAAAGGAAAAAAACAAACAAACGAACAAUUCAAUACCAACAAACAAACAUACAAGCAAACAAAGAAAGAAACAAACCACCCCAAAAAUGAAACAAACAAAACCCCCACAAUCAACCCCAACUCCU